GAACAAGAAGGCAGGGACGUAACAUUAAAGGGGCAAACACGAAAAGAUUCAUUCUAUAGAUUUCCCGAGUUUUCUGUUCACGGUCCAUGCAUUCAGUAAGUCUCGAAUUUUCGAGUAUUUUUUUCCGCGUAGCAGUAAGAUAUAUACUUCUUUAGUUUUAGUUUAUACAAUAAAUCGAAUCACAAUUAUUUGUAUGGCAAACGUCAACGACAUUACUGCUGGGGACAUUGCUCCGGUUAUGCAUCAUCAAAUGCCAUUGAAUCCAAAAUCCGCCUGGCCUUCAAAUUACAACUCGGAAAAUAACAACGUGAACUGGAGUACCGCUAUGGACGCUUCACAAUACCCUGGCUAUUCCUCAAACUAUUGGUACCCUCAGUCACAUUCCACAGCAGGGCAUUAUGGAAAUGCCUAUCCUUCAGGAUCUGAUGUGCAGCCACCUUACAACCCACAGGCAAUGCAGGCAUAUCCAAAUGGCCACAGUGUCUAUAACCCGGGUCCAGGCCAGUACCCGGCAAGUUCAUUUCAUCCAUCCAACCCGUUCUACUGUGCAGAACAGAUGCCUCCCAGGCAGGCCUCAGGCCAGUACCCGAGCCAGGGCUGCCCAGGACCAGAACAGAGUACGGGGGGGUCAGGAAAUCCGCAUGUUCAGCACCAGCAUCCGCACCACCACUACCCUGGACCACACUGUCAAGGGGCUCCGGGUUAUCUUCCUGGGUCUUACCCACACUAUGGGGAAGGUGGGCCUACGUUACCCCCAAACCCUCCGUACCCCACCGGACAGGCUCUUCACACUAGGCCCCAGGCUGAGGCUUGGGUCCACUCAGGCGGUUAUGGACCCGCUCAGCAGCAGCAGUGGCAGCCAGGAACCCAACCUCAACACAGCCACUACGGAACCCCUGUCCGCCCCCAACACCCCCCAGCCUGGCCAGGCACCGGCACUGGAGCCCCACCACCCUAUGAAGCCAAGGACCAGCACUACCCAGGACCCCACCACCAGCAGCGUGCUCCACAGGUGGGACCAAAACCCAGGACGGCCCAGUCCCCAAACCCCACUAACAGCAAGCCUGUAAACUUCAGCUCACCACCUCAGAUGUACAACAAACCAGGGCGAGUGGGACCACAGGAGCCAAAUCCUUCCCAGGGUGAACCUCCACCCUCAGCUCCAGCCCAGACCCAGGGCCUGAUCGGGCCUCAGAACCUGAGCGACAACCCCAGCCUGGCCAAAGUCCAGCAGGUCAUGGCUCGGGUGCUUUUGCUCCAUGAGGACGUGGACGAGUUUGUGGGUAGAAAAUCGGACAAAAGUUACCGGUACCUGGAGGAACUUCUGACCAAGGAGCUCCUGGUGCUUGACUCUGUGGAGACUCAGGGACAGGAAGUGGUCAGGCAGGCUCGGAAGGAAGCCGUGCAGAGGAUCCAGGCCAUACUGGACCGACUGGAGAAAAAGGCCUUCUGAACUGGAACACUUCUGGUUCUGUAUUAAGGAUGGGUCUUAGUUUUUCUUGUGACAUUUUAAUCUUCCACGGUCAGGUCGAGGGCCUUAUUUCUUAUUCAAACUGCCCCUUUGGAAUUAACUGGAAUCCUAAGUCCUUGUGUUUCAAUUCCACCUUCCGGAUUUGUAAUGUGUAGAAAUUGAUUGUCAACAAGGGCGGAGGGUUAGGGGGUGGUCUGGUUUGGAAUUGGGCCUGUGCAGGCCUCUUUGGGAAGGUGUGACCACAACACGACAUGUUAUGUAGUCAUGAUGGCAAAUGAAACGGUUGUACAUAACAAGUAAUGGUAAAAAAAUUACGUUGUCUGGUUGUCAUAGCCCAGCAUUGUGUUCAUGACCGCUUAAAGCCUCUGCUGUGUCAUGCUUAUGCCAGUGUAAUUUACGCUUUAUAACCGUGGUUUCAUACAGUGUCACCAUGUUUCUUUCAAAGUAGGUAGAUGUUGCCCCAGAGCCACUGAUACAGGAUCCUAUAUGUUUGUACUGGUUUAUUAUGAUUAGGAUAACGGCAGUGAUUCUCAAUUCCAGGCCUUGGGACCCAAAGUACUGCUGGUUUUCAUUCUAGCCCUCCAAAUAUUCACUAAUUUAGACUUGGAACACCAGGUGAAGGCAAUGAACUAUCGAAUAGAAAACAAGCAGUAGUCUGGGUCCCCAGGCUCGGAGUUGAGAACCCCUGGAUAAUGGGGGAUCUGAUCCUAGAUCUGUGGUCAAAGACCCUUUGUACCAUGUCUUCCAUUCACCCCGUUUCAAAACAGGAUGACAACCUGUGGCGCUGCCGUGAGAUGCCCCCUUCAUCACUCACCCAAACAUUUAGUUACUUGGCAUUACAAACAGAAGGCCAAACGGGUGCAUUCACACAACUCUUUCAAAAUUGUGACAGGUCACUAGGUAAUAUAAAACUGUAUACUGUUUAUUUAUGUUUCUGCAGUGUACAAAUGGUGAAUCUGUGUUCAAUUAAUGAAUUGAGUAGUUCCUCAGUGAACAUGUUGAGCACGUUUCAAUUCACUUUCUGAACAGAUGAAAUUUAUUCCAACCCUGGAAGGUACUGUAUAUAGUGUAGUUGGUCCACCACAAUGUCAUUAAUUUGUGGUAGAUGUUGUAACUAAAUUCAGAUCUAAGAUCAGAUUUCAAAAGAAUGAAAUGGGAAAACUCUCCUUUUUCAUCUUUUAUCUCUGACCAUUCUACCACAUACAGUAGAUGUAACAAUCCUGUCAAAAUUAGGCCAGUAAUUGAAGGAAGGAUGCAUUGUCCUGGUAUUAAAACUGGAUGGUGGCACUAUUGUUGUAAUUGGAUAUUUCUUUAUUAUUAUUAUUUUUUUUUUAACCAGGUGGAUGCCCUUCCUCUUGUUUAAUCUUGCAAUUAAUUUUUUUUUCUUGACUGUGGUCAGUUCAAAAAUCACAAGUGCCAUAAUAUCGGCAGGUGCUUUUUCAAAAGGUAAAAAAGACGUCAGCUUAGCAUGGGAACAAAAUGUUCUGUUUGUCAUGUUUGUUAAACUUUUUCCUGUGAUUAUAUAUAUAUUUUUUUCAGUUCAGAUACAGCUACAUUGUAUAUUAGUUCAAUUACCUAAGAAAAUAUAUAUUUGUAAAAUAGAAGACCUGUAAAAAAAAAAUGAAAUCUUAAAAAUACAGCAAAAGGGACCAAGGUCAUGUCUCUAGCAGUUUCUGAUUAAAUGCAUGUUUCCAACUCAAGAUGGAAA